UUGCAGCUAUGCGUGCAAUUUGCACUCGUCUGGGACGAUGACCUCGGAGAUCUGCAGGUGAAGAGUGUGACGCCGCUUCCAGACCCCCACAAGAGUGACAUUUGCAGCCGCUUCCUUGUUCGUUCCACGGAAACGUCAUGCCAAGUGACAUCAAAGGAACAGCCAGGGAAGGAGGCGUUGGAGGCACGCGACUUGCUCAUCCGGCUGCCGUCUAGGCAUGCAAAUGGGAGCAUCUAUAGAAAGCUCAUCUCUCGUCUCAUUCUCAACGACCGUUUCUUGUUCGCUCUUUGAACAUAGACAACUGUGACCUGGAACAACUCACUGCGCUCCACAGCUUCUCAACGUGAUAAUCAGCAAACAUGGACUUUAUCAAGAACCUUGCCAACAACGGUGGCAAUUUACAAAACAACGGCAACAACCCCGCAAACAAUGAAGUAGACACAAGUAACCACGGGCAGUCAGCGGGGCAGAAUCCAUCCACCACAGAGCCAAAGUCAGAGGGUAGUUUCUUCGGCGGGCUGGCCGACAAGUUCAACAAUGCUGCUGGGGGUGGCCGCGAGAGCGAAAAGAACGAAGAUUAUCUCGACAAGGGUGUCGACUUCGUGCAGGAGAAGUUCCUCGGCCAGGGCGCACAAGACAAUGAGACAGCCGUUGAGCAGGCCAAAGAUGAGCAAAUCUCCGACUUCAUUCGUGGAAAAUACCGCUCUGUUGCGGGCAGCGACAUUCCCAUCAAGGACAAGCCCACAACAUUCGACCGAAACGCUGACUGA